AAAGUGAAAAAUGCAUUAAUGGAACUGCUAUUUACAGAACAAACAGUAACAAAGAAGAAUUUAGAGAAUUAACAUACAAAGAUUUUGUGACCCAAAAAUCCUUAAUUACAGAGUUAGAAAAAAAUUCCAUAGCAUUAAUGGUUGGAAGAUAUGUAUUUGAAGACACCGAAUAUCUUACUUUAAUACAAACUGUGCCAAUUUCCACCUUCAACAAUGGGAUUGAAAUCACUCUAGAUGAUCUACCUUAUUUGUCUUCAUUAUUACUAUUUUCUGCUCCUGUCAUUCCUAAUUCCACUUUUCCAAUAACGAAUUUGAUUGGUGCAAAAAAAAUGCUACAUAUCAUAGCUACAGACAUCGAAUGGAACUAUGUCAGUAAUGAACAAACCUCUAAUAAUUUGAAUAAAGCAAAAGCAAAAGCUCAAGGCGACAUUAACAACCAUCUUGAAGGCAUUGAAGAAAAGUAUGCCAAAUUAAAUUCUUUUCCUUCAAGAAAAAGACAACAUGCAAAUUUCCUGCCUGCUUCUCUCUCAAAAACACAAAAAACUGAACUUCAAAACAAUAAUUCAAAACCCCAAAAUGAUAAAUCUCCAACUGAUAAUUUUUUACAUGCCAUAAACCAAAUUAAAAAUACUGGAACCACAUUUCAAAAUAAUAAUAUCAAUAAUAACCAUUCAACUACCUCUAAAUAG